GGUCUCGGAGCGGUUCUCAUCACUACAUAGUGACUACCUAUAUACAAAAUGAUCCGGGUGUUGUAUUUACUAGGACUUAUUUUAAGUGUUCGAAGUGCUGCAGCACCGUUCAUAAAACCAUGCAAAAAUGGCGAUUCAGCCUGCGUCCUGGCGUCUGCGAAGGCAGCAGUUCCGUUCUUUCUGUCCGGUGUACCCGAAUUAGGAAUAAGCCCAAUGGACCCCAUGCAUAUCGAUGUUAUUAAGAGUGACCAGGGCGGACUGAAGCUCCUCUUCAAAGACACCAUCAUGACGGGCAUCAAGUCCUGCUCCUUCGAGUCUGUGAAACACGAUUUGGUUAAAAUGAAGCAAAUAAUAACGAUGAAAUGUAACCUGAAGCUGAAGGGAGUCUACAAGCUGUCCGGCCAGCUCCUCAUCCUACCAGUCCAGGGCGAUGGCGAAUACAGCAUUAAUAUUCGUGACAUCGUGAUCAAGGUGGUGAGCGAGCUCGCAACGGUAACAGGCGCUGAUGGUAAACCACACUGGCAUAUUAGCAAAUGGAAGGAUUCCUUCAAUGUACUCACUGGUGCCUCAUUUGCUUUCGAGAAUUUGUUCAAUGGAAACAAUGUUUUGGCACAACCUGUAUUAGAAUUCGCAAAUAGCAACUGGAAGGACGUUAUGCAAGAAAUCGCACCUCCCAUUGUUCACGCGAUUUUGGAGCGAAUCGUAUCUGGAGUGGAAGCUUUGUACAAAGCAGUCCCCGCUGAAGAACUUCAUUUAGCAUAAUUUGUUAAUUAUUUAUAAAUAACAAUAAAUACCGCGGCAUUUUUAAAUAGGAUAAGUACCGACUGGAUGGCGGCUACAACGUGAAAUGAACAAGUAUUAUUGUUUAUAAUGUGAUAAUAUUUCUGUACAAUUAAAGUAAUUUUAUUUUGUCUGGAACAAAAUAUAUUUCCUAAUGUAGGGACAUAAAAAUUGUAAAGACCUAUUCCAUUGUUAGUAGGUUGUUUGGUUAUUAUUAUUGUGCACUCAUCAUGGUACAAUAAAGUAGAUAAUUAGUUAAAAGUAGAGGAGUAAUAAAUAAAUAAGAAUCACAAAAAUA